AUGAAUGAUCCCUCCUCCAAUUACUUCAAUGGAUGGUUCAACCUCAACCCCCUCCAUCACUUCCCUACCUCUACCUCUUCUUCCAACUACCCAUCUCUUUAUCCUCCUUAUACCUUAGAUUUCUACUCAAAUAAGAUCAACAGCACCUCUUUCACUCACUAUCAGUCCUUACCCCCUUCUCCACCUCUCAGAGAAGCCCUUCCUCUCCUCAGUUUGAGCCCAUCAAGACCUGAACAACAGGAUUCAUCUUGCAGUGCCAUGGAAGUAGACAAGAACAAGGACAAAGAAGAUAGUUUUCUCUCAAGUUCUGCAGAUGAUGAAACUGUGACCGUAGCUCUAAAUUUAGGUCUUCCUUGUUCUAGCUCUUCUGAUCUUGAUCUAAUUUCUAGACUCUCAUCCACAGACACAGCCGACAAAGAAGAAGUAAGUGUUGACAAUGGGUAUUCCACAAGCAUACUCAACAGGGGUCAGUAUUGGAUCCCUACCCCUGCUCAGAUUCUGAUUGGUCCUACACAGUUCUCAUGUCCUCUUUGCUUCAAGACCUUCAACAGAUAUAACAACAUGCAGAUGCAUAUGUGGGGGCAUGGAUCUCAGUAUAGGAGAGGACCAGAGUCACUAAGAGGAACACAACCAACCGCAAUGCUCCGGCUUCCAUGCUAUUGCUGUGCACCAGGGUGCAGGAACAACAUCGAUCACCCGAGAGCCAAACCGCUCAAAGAUUUCAGAACCCUUCAGACCCAUUACAAGAGAAAGCAUGGAAUCAAACCAUUCAUGUGCAGGAAGUGUGGUAAGGCCUUUGCUGUGAGAGGUGACUGGAGAACACAUGAGAAGAACUGUGGGAAGCUUUGGUAUUGCUCUUGUGGCUCUGACUUCAAGCACAAAAGGUCUCUUAAAGACCACAUCAAGGCAUUUGGGCAUGGCCAUGCAGCUUAUGGAAUUGACUAUUUUGAAGAGGAGGAUGAACCUGCUUACGACAUUGAGCAAGAUAAUGAAUCCUCGCAGUGA